UUUCAACAGAUACACUUUUGCCUUUGGUCUACACGAGUUGAUCGGAAAAGUUAAAUCGAAAUUUAAUUUAAUUUAAAUUUUACAGCAGGUAGACAAAAGUGGAAGGUAUCUAAAAUUUCCUGUGAAAUCAUGCAUGAAAUAAUAUAUAACGCUGAUGAAUUAGCUUCACAGGCGACAUGGCUGCCUUUCAAAACCCGUUUCAAAUAUUCCAACCGAUUGACAUAGAGAUCAUACAGCACUGUGGAAGUAGUACCAAACUCAGUGUGUUUCAGGGGAAGGUAAAAAGUACCGGACUUGCAGUGGCGAUAAAAAAUAUUACAAAUGUAGGCCUACGGCAACAGGAGCUGGAUGACUUGAAACGUUUACAGCAUGAUCACGUCGUUAGACUGCUCGGUACGAUUGACCCUGGCAGUGGAGUGCCAACUGAGUUAGUGCUAGAAUACGCACCGAACGGAAACUUGUAUGAAUUCUUGAACACAGCUACUGAAUCUCUACCACGUUACUUAACUUGGUGUAAACAAGCAGUGUGUGCUGUUAGGUACAUCCACCAGCAGAAUGUCGCACACCGCAACAUCAAAUCCAAAAAAUAUUUAGUUUUUGGAGAUGUCAUUAAGCUCGCUGAUGUCGGUUUAUCGAAAAAAACAAACGACUUUACCAGCGAAAGAAUUACAAGUAAUCUUGGAAGUGCAGUGUCUUGGAUGUCACCAGAAGUCAUGGAUGAAAAUGACAACGUCGAUCACUUUAAAUCCGACAUAUAUUCUUUAGGAAUAGUCUUGUGGGAGUUGCACUAUCGCAAGAAGCCUUAUGAUAAAUGGAAGUUAAAAGAUAUCAUAAAGCACGUGAUUAAUUGUAAGGGUCAUCCAGAAAUUGAUAAUGGAUGUGACAUCCACGAGCUGUUGCUAAGCUGCUGGAAGUAUGAACCAAACCAAAGGCCAACUGCAGAGGAGAUUCUGACGUCACUGGGCAAAAACAAAGGGACUGCGAUUAUUCAAAACAGUAAGAUUCCUCAUGUACCUAACCCAAACACAAGCCUGCCUAUAAGGUCACUUCCACCAGUCCAGCCACCUGGAAUACCACCAACUGGAGCAACAGUAUUACCCGCAAAUCCAUAUCCAGAAUUAUCUGUGGAGGAUUUCAAUCAGGUGCUGUUAGAUGUUGCCUCAUGGUGGGAAAAACAUGGAGAUGUUAAUUUGCUGAAACUAUUACUUUGCGAUUUUAAAGAGAUUACUGUGGGCAAUAUACAGCAUAAAAAUGAGCCAAGGGAACUGCUGAAAUUACUCGAGGGACCUGGACAUAUUAGCCGAUCGAACAUUGAUGUUCUCGUCGAGGCUAUUAAUUUGGGUGGGUUGCAAGGUGUAGAAAAACUAAUCAAGGAUAAGUUAGGCCCGAAGAAAUUUCCGGGAUUUAGGAAAAUUAUAAAUCCUAUAUUCUCAAUAUACAGACGUAAUUUGGUAAAAUUUGGUCAAAUAUUAACGAAUAAAAAUAAGGCAAAAAUUGGCGAUUUAUACAGCUUCAGACCCGAACAGUUCGAAGAUCAAUGGGUUCUAAUAUUUGAGCUAGAACGUGCUGGGAUACUCACUGAAGAAUCGAAAGAUUCAUUCAUUAUAAAACUUAAACAGAAUGAGAUGACAAGCGAAGCCAAUAUAUUUGUAGACAAAAGCGAUUUGCAAAAAUAAAACAAGAUAAUUCUACAUAAUAUGAUGUAUAAACCACAAAAUUGUCAUUAAAAACAUGCUUUGUUUGUAUGCAUUUAAAAAAGAUAUUUUACUCUAAUUUCAGUUACAACUUGCCCUGCAUAAAAUGUUACUUGUAUGUUUUAUCAGUAUUAUUGUUUAUGAAUAAAAUAAAAUGUAAAUUGUGUAAUUUAAUGACAGAGUAAUCGUUUUAUUGUAUAGUACGCAGGUUUUUUUUAUAUACAUUGUAACAUUUUUUAUCUGUGUAUUUAUGAUACAUUGAAAAGACUGUAUUAUUUUACUAGGCCAUUGUAAACUUCUAAUAAUAACCCUGGGUUACUACAGUAUUAAUUUUGAUCGUUUUUAGGGUGGGUUACUAUUAGAGUAGGGUUUACUAUUAGAGUACCGUAGUGGAAAGUAUAAUACAUACUCCAAGUAUUGAAAUACACGCCAUCGUGUUGGGAUUCAAUAUUUCGACAUUAAUUAUGUCAUCAUCAGGGGAGUACCGUAGAGGGUUAUUAUUACUAAGCUUAAUGUAGGUACUUAAAAAUAUUGAACCCACACCCUCAACUUUUUGUGUCAGCAAUUCGUAGAAAUAAAUAACUACAAUACGAGUAAAAUAAAACUUUAAUGUUAUGUAUGAACUCAAAAACACAUGUCAGAAGACUUCUUGGAAAUUGAAAAACUGCCAGAUACAAUACUUUUACAAGUGGAAGUAGUGUAAAAAGGUUUUUUUUUUUGUUUUUUUGGUUACAUGUCGCCGAAGAAAAGUCGGAAAAAUAUUGGUUGUGGAUGAACUAUCAAAAGUUAUACUGAAAUAUCUUUAUAUUAAAUUAAAAUCGGAACAAUCCGUUAAGCAAAUUACAAAGGAUUAAAUUCAUCAACAGUCACAUUGUGAAGAAUGAAUAAAUCGUGUUAAAGUGACAAAAAUGUUGAUUUGAAUGUCAUUUUGUCUAUAGUUUUGGUAGCUCUAAUAGUAAUCCGGUGGGAUAUUAUUAGGUGUGAGUUAUUAUUAUAAAUUAACUUCUAGGAUGUAAUCGGUUAUUAUUAGAAGUUUUACGGUAUUACGUUUCUAAUAUAUUAAUUUAUUACCAUUAUGAGUAGAGAAACAUUUAUAACUUGUGUUACUCCCCUAUCAGGGAAAAUGGCUAAUAAAAAACGAAUGAAGUAGGUUCUACAAAAAUUAAUAUAACGAGAAAUUGCAAAUUACAAGUGAAGUGCUGCGAAGUACAACUGCAUAUAAAUGUUCUUCAAA